GCGGUUGCCGGCGGGAGGAGAGCAGCGGUCCCGGAGAUCACGACGCUUGUCUUGGGAGAGCAGGCUCCAACAGCAGCAAGAAUGCUCAGGAUGCCCAGCUGCCUGCUAAAGCUGACCAGAGUGGUGCUGAGCCACAAGCUCAGGACUCUGUUUAUCCUCACCUUUAAAUUCAUGUCCUUUGUCUCCAUCGUGUUGUACUGGAGAAUCACAGAGGACCCUAAGAGCAGGGGCCAGCUCUACAGCUUGCCUGUUGAAAUCCACUGUGCUCACUCUAUGCCUUCUCCUCCCCACGCCACUGCUGGUGGGCCCCCUUCUUCACCAGGGCAUGUGUUUUUUGUGGAGACCUCGGAGCGGACUAACCCAAGUUACCUGUUCACCUGCUCUGUGGAGUCAGCGGCCCGGACGCACCCUGGGACGAGGGUUGUGGUGCUCAUGAAAGGCUUGGCAAACGGGAACGCUUCCUUACCCAACCACUGGGGCUUCUCAUUGCUGAGCUGCUUCCCCAACGUGGAAAUCCGUCACCUGGACUUGCCAGAGCUUUUCUCAGGGACUCCUCUGGCAAAGUGGUACUCGGAGGCUCAGCACCGGUGGGAACCUUAUUUCUUGCCUGUCCUGUCUGACGCCUGCAGAAUUGCCAUCAUGUGGAAAUUUGGUGGCAUCUACCUGGACACAGACUUCAUUGUGCUUAAGAACUUAAAGAACCUCACCAAUGUGCUUGGUACCCAGUCCAAGUAUGUACUGAACGGGGCUUUUCUGUCUUUUAAACCCAAACACAAGUUCAUAGAGCUUUGCAUGCAGGAUUUUGUGGAGAACUACAAUAGCUGGAUCUGGGGGCACCAGGGCCCACAGCUUCUAACUCGUGUCUUCAAGAAGUGGUGCUCCAUCAGAAGUCUUCGGAGCAGUACGAGCUGCAAAGGAGUGAGUACUCUGCCUCGUGAGGCGUUUUAUCCCAUUCGGUGGCAGGACUGGAAGAAAUAUUUUGAAGUGGUGAGCUCCUCGGAGCUUCACCACCUGUUUAAUAACACCUAUGCAGUGCAUGUAUGGAACAAGAAGAGCCAAGGAACAAGGCUCAAGAUCACAUCCCAGGCUUUGCUGGCUCAGCUGCAUUCUCACUUCUGCCCUGCCACGUAUGAUAUCAUGAAGAAGGACUCUGAGCAGCAGUGACUCGUGCAAGGGUCAGCUAGGUGAUGUUGCCCAGGAUCCCACAGCUCUCCCGCUGUUCCACCAUGAAUGAACCUUCUUUUGAAGUGGGGUGGUGAAGAGUCAAUGAUAAAAGCCAUUUGUGGGGUGUAGCUGGAGCCUGUAGCUCCAGCUGAUGUCUGUGCAGCUCUUUGUCUUCACUUUAACUGCCUGCCAGCAACAUUUCGUUUCUCUGCAGGACCCUUCUUCUGCUCUGCUUGGUCAGGUAGAGAAAUCUCAGGAGGGGAGCAAGUGCUGGGCCACUCAUGGCAGUUUCCAUCAGCCUUUCAGAGGAGUUAGGCCACUUUCUAUGGCUGUAAACCUGGAAGAGGCCUUUGUAGAAACGCGUAUCUCAUUGCCUGAUUCUCAGGACAUCUGAAGUUCAGUCCUCAAAGCAAAAAAAGGAUGGGAGAGCAAAAAACAGGAGCUGAGGAGGAAGUUAAGGAUGUGCCAGAGGAGGCGUCCUGAGAAAAAUGCAGAGGAAAAGAGAAAAAAGGGCUAAACCAACCUCCUUUUCUUUUCAUUCCCUUCUCUUCUCAAGCUUUCAGUGAAGGAGACUUUCUCAUGUCUGGUUUGAACCCGGAGCAAGAUGCUGCAGUCUCUGUUCCAUGUCAGAGAUCUAAGGACAUGGAAAUUUGGUGUGAAUCAGAACAUGAGAAUCUGAAGCCAGCUCAUCAUUUAGAAGGAGCUCUUGCACAACAAGUUCUGUUAUAGUAGUGGCAAACUGACACCCUGCCAUGAGCAGGAGAGCUCAUCCAAAUCACACCUUGAAUUGCACCUGAUACAGGAAGGGCUGGACUAUCUUUUUACAUUGAGUUUGUCUCCAUGCCCAAAUGUCCAUAACUGCGUCUAAGAUGCACCAGAUCUUUCAGCACUUGGAUGGAUCCUGAAGGAAAAGUGUGGUAUUUCCAAGUAUUUCCAAGGUUCCAGAGAGCUUGGUAGAGAACAUGUGCUGUCUAAAUUCAAGUCAAUUUGUGAGUCAUUUAUGAUGGACCUCUUCAAGUAGCCUGGAAUAUUACUGCUAUUCACUGUUCAGGAGUACAAAUCUCUCCCGAGAGGUCUUGAGGAGGACAAUGGAAAGCUUUAUUCCUCUGCCUGAGCAUCUUCCUGAAUUGCAGUGGAGAAAGUUAACAUGUGUCUCACAAGGUGCUGUUGUGCCUUCACGGGUUCCCAGCACAGAGGCAAGUUUGUUGGACAAACUGUGGGAGAAAACUUGUCCCUUGCCACGAUGACCAAAAGGAUGUAUUGAUGCUCUUACAGUUCCUGUCAGGAAAUAAUGGAGAAAAAGCAGUGAGAAACAAGAAUAAGGUGGAGACCAUCAGGAUCGUUACAUCUGUUUCCCAGCACGUUCUGAAGGGGAUUGCUGGGGCACUUGAGCUUGGCACUUUGAUAGAGUUUAAAACAGAUGAGCAGAACAUUGGCCAUCCCCUUCUCCUACACAACUAAGAGAUUAUGAUCUAACUGUAAAAUUUGUCCUGCCUCCAGUAUGCCUCCUUUUCUUAUACCUAGAAACAGCAGUGGGGUGGUCCAGUGGCCCCUUUGAUGACCACAAGUGGGUCAGAUUUCCAAUGUCACCUGGCCCCAAGGUGACAGCUCUUUCAUGUGGUGCUUCCUGCAAGUCCUUUGAGUCUUACUCAAAUGACUUCUAGAUCUGCAGUUGUCUGAGGCCUCUGUUUCCCACAUCAACCAUAGCAAUGUGAGGUUUUGCUCAGUUCAGCCAAGGCAAUUGUCAAAAAUGUAAAAGACUUUACAUGCAACCUUUCUUGGUUUGUCUCAGGUUUGUUUGUCUCUGAUGAUGAAAAUGAGAACGACAAAUUGCCCGUCACCUCUACAAAACAGUUCCCUGUUCUUCAGGGAAUAUGGCCAUGGGAGCUUAAGGAGGUUGUACACUUUCUAAUUUUAUUUUUUUUUUAACCUGAGCUUUCUGGUGUUGAUCAGAGGCCAGUGCUGCUCUCAUUGAAAGCUACCUGCCUGUGAGUUGGGCAGGGUGUGAGGUCUGUGCACAAGUGGCUACUCUGGAAUGAAGAAGAUGCUGGAGACACCCCUCCAGUAGCUGGCACAUCAUGCCUGUUUGUAUGUAGUGCUUCCCCUUUCUUCUGCUCAGCUUUAUGGUAUAUCCUGGAGGUAUUAUUCAGAAUUUUUAAUGUCUGCAGCUCUCCCAAUACUGAAUGUCUUUAAGAAAAAGACUCUGUGGAGAAACAGCAAAUCUUCCGGGCUGUAUAAGUGUUCUUCAACAUGCUAAGUGAUAGAACUGAAUGCUGGUUUUACUCCUCACUGUCACUGUUCUGGGGGUUCUUUUCACUGCUUUCUUUAGAAGCAACCACAAAAUUGUCAGCACUGGCCUAGUGUGUGGUCAAUAAGGCAAGGUUUCUCCUUCUACUGGUUCCUUCUGUUUUGGAUCCUUUGGGUGGAACAACAGAAACCUUAGUGAGCUAGGAACCCUACCAGAAAUAGUAAAAUGAUGGUUGGUGAUCAUAAAGGUGGUCAGGGGACUUUACUUUGGCAAUACCAUGAACUGGUUACGGGUGUGUUUGGGACCCACUGCAAUGAAUAUCUGGCUUAAUGUACCACUGCUUAUUCUAGGAAAGUGCCUUUUUUGAUAAGUGGACUGGGGUUUUUUGUUAUUGAUUUUAUUUGUUGUUGUUUUGGUUGUUUUGGUUGUUUUUUUGUUUUGGUUGUGUUGCUUUUUGUUGUGGUUUUGUUUUUUUUCCCCUGUAGCAUCAAUGUUACAAGUUUUGAUAAGGAGCGGAUCAAACCAAAGCAGCCUUUGGGCUUUUCCCCUUUGUCUUGUGGAAGAAAAAUAAAUACAGUUCUUACUAUUA